AUGGAACCAGAGGAACAAGUAAAUGUUGCUAUCUCUUUCAUCCUUUUAGGGUAUAUAGAAGAUAACUUUCCUGCAUCUCUGGAUAAGUAUGGAGAUAAGGACAUCUUUGAAUUAUUCUUUACUGGAAAUUCAUACAAGUUUACUAAAUUUGGCAACAAAGAAAUACCACAAGCGAUUAAUCUCUGGUUGUCACGCCUUUAUUUAGCAGAUAAGCCUUACAAAUUCUAUCUAAUGAUAAAAGAUCACAAUGAAAAAUUUGAACUUGAGGUACAGUUAUCACUGGAUGAUGAGAAGUCAUUCAUAAAGCUGGAAAAAGCACUCUCUAAUCAAAACGUAAAGCUUAGUAUUUUAUCUGAUCUUGCACUUUUGUCUGAAUAUAUACCUGAACUAGAAAAGUCGAUUGACGAUAAUAGCACAUUAUCAUUUAAUUUAGAUAAUUUUGCACCAUUAUUUUUACAUAUCUUGCCUGUACUAAGAGCAAUAGGUAUCAAAGUUAUUUUGCCGAAAUCUUUACAAAAAAUCUUAAAACCACAAUUAAGUCUUAAUUUGUCUACUAAAGAUAAAAUAAAAGAAGAUCGCGAAAGCUUUUUAACUCUUGAAAAUUUAUUAAAAUUUGAUUGGAAAAUAGCAAUAGGUGAUAAAAAAACAAGCAUUACAGAAUUUAAAAAAUUGCUAAAAGAUUCCCGAGGGCUUGUGCAAAUAGUCGAUCAGUACGUGCUUUUAGGUGAUAAAGAGGUAGAGGCUUUAUUAAAAAAACUUGAUAAAUUGCCUGAUUAUUUGAGUCAAGCAGAACUCAUGCAAGCUGCCCUGACAGGUGAAGUGAAUGAGGCUAAAGUAGCAUUUGAUCAGCAGCUUACAACCUUAUUUAAUAAACUUAAUACUUACACACCUGUUACUACACCAAAUAAUCUAAUAGCACAACUGCGCCCAUAUCAAGAACGUGGGUUUAGUUGGCUUGUACAGAACAUAGAAAGUGGGUUUGGUAGCAUAAUUGCUGAUGAUAUGGGUCUUGGUAAGACUAUACAAGUUAUUGCAGCUAUUCUAUAUUGUAAAAAUGCAGGAUUUUUAAAUCGGGAUAGAGUUUUGAUAGUAGCUCCAACAAGUAUAUUAAGUAGUUGGCAACGAGAGAUGGAAUGUUUUGCACCAGAAUUAAAGCUUUUCAUCUAUCACGGACAAAAUCGAGAAUUGGCAAGUGAUUAUGAUGUAGCUCUCACAUCCUAUGGUCUUGUACGUCGUGAUAAAAAAGAACUUAAUAAAAUUCGCUGGUUUUUGCUCGUGAUUGAUGAAGCACAAAAUAUAAAAAAUUCUAAUACCGAACAAACCAAGGCAAUUAAAACUAUUGCAGCAAAACAUAAGAUAGCAAUGAGUGGCACACCUGUUGAGAAUAGGUUACUUGAGUAUUGGAGCAUUUUUGAUUUUAUCAACAAAUCUUAUCUUGGUACCCCUAAGCAGUUUAAAAGCAGCUUUGCAACACCGAUUGAAAAAGCAAGAGAUAAAAUUUGUCUAGAAAGGUUUAUGAAAAUCACUAGCCCUUUUAUGUUACGUAGGCUUAAGAGUGAUAAAAGCAUUAUUCAGGAUUUACCAGAUAAAAUUGAGAAUAAUCGUUAUUGUUCCCUCACUUCAGAGCAAACAGCUCUUUAUCAAAAGGUUGUUGAUACAACUAUGGAGAAGAUAGAAAAAAUUGAAGGGAUUGAACGUAAGGGACUAAUCUUUAAACUUAUCAAUGCUUUAAAGCAAACUUGUAACCAUCCAUCACAGUUUGGCAAGAAAAAGCGUGCGAGUAUUGAACAAUCCGGUAAAAUGCAGAUGCUUGAGGAAAUAUUGAUUAGUAUUGGUGAAGUUGCAGAAAAAUCAUUGAUAUUUACUCAAUACACUGAAAUGGGUGAAAUUAUAUCUAAAUUGCUUGAAGAAAGGUUUGAAUCAAAAGUGCCAUUUUUACAUGGAGGACUGUCCCGUAAAGCACGAGACGAAAUGGUUAAUGACUUUCAAAACUUAUUCCAGUCCAACAUUCUUAUAGUGUCUUUAAAAGCUGGAGGAACAGGACUUAAUUUAACAGCAGCAAAUCAUGUAAUACAUUAUGACUUAUGGUGGAACCCAGCAGUGGAAGCACAAGCAACAGAUCGGGCCUAUCGUAUCGGGCAAGAACGUAAUGUCAUGGUGUACAGGCCACUUUCAACAGGUACAUUUGAAGAGCGUAUUGAUGAGAUGAUUCAAAGCAAGAAGGAAUUAGCAAGCCUAACUAUAAGUAGUGGCGAGAGCUUGCUAGAAGAUAUAUCUGAACAAAUUAAUGCUAUUAAGUUCUCCAAUGAAGAGUUAAAAAAUAUACUUAUUCACUACAUUAAACUUUCAGCCCAAGAAGGCCAUCCAUUUACUCAUACAGGUGGUCCUGGCAUCUUCAAACAACGGCACAAAUUACCACCUAUGUUUCAUAAUGCUAGCAGACAUAAACUUGAACGUUUAGUACAGAGUUUGCUAAAUGAAAAUAAGGUAAUAAAAGGUAUGUCUGCAGAUUCAAAAGAAGACAAGUGGCUUGAUGUUCUAACUGGUCUUUUUGCAAGGGGUGAGG